AUGGCUGGUGGUAAAGCGGGUAAAGAUUCAGGCAAAGCUAAGGCUAAAGCCGUAUCGAGAUCGGCAAGAGCAGGAUUACAGUUUCCCGUAGGAAGAAUUCAUCGACAUCUUAAAAAUAGGACAACUAGCCAUGGUCGUGUAGGUGCUACGGCGGCUGUGUAUUCCGCAGCUAUUCUUGAAUAUCUUACAGCCGAGGUUUUGGAGUUAGCGGGCAACGCGUCGAAGGAUUUAAAGGUGAAGCGUAUCACACCUCGCCAUCUGCAGCUCGCCAUCCGCGGAGAUGAAGAACUGGACAGUCUUAUCAAGGCGACCAUCGCGGGCGGAGGAGUCAUCCCACACAUACACAAGUCGCUCAUCGGCAAGAAAGGCGGCCCCGGAGCACCCGUCUAA